AAAGAGAAAGAGAAUUAGAGAGAGAGAGAGAGAGAGAGAUGGAUCUCACUCAACAUGGUUUCUUGGAUGAGUUCCUGGCUCCAAGAAGAGACCAAACGUGGAAUAGUUUUAAUGAUCAGUCGUUCAAUAUGAACGGAUGGAGCUUUGAUUCUUUUGAUGAAAACCCAAGUUUGUCCACUUCAUCAAAUCCAUCAUCAUUUUUAGGGUUGAUCUCCUCCCCAGCUGAUCAUCAUUCUACCAUUAUUGAUCAAUCCCAACCUUUCAGUAGGACUGAUGAACCCUACUCAUCUUUCCAUGUCGAUGGCUUCACUGCACAUACACCACCACCACCACCACAUGAUCAGUACUUCCCACCACUACUACUUCAUCAUGGUGAAGAGCUUAAUCUUGAUCAGCAUAAUGUUUUUAGUUUGGAAGAACAAGACUUCAAAGUUGAGAUGGAAGAAGCAACAACAAAUAUUACAAAUCAGGGUUUCCAAAUGGGUUUAUGUGGAGAGAAAAUUAGGACUACUAUUAGUACUGGAAAGUCGAAGAAAGUUGAGGGACAACCCUCCAAGAAUCUAAUGGCUGAAAGAAGGCGAAGGAAACGCUUGAACGAUCGCCUUUCCAUGCUCAGAUCAAUUGUCCCCAAGAUCAGCAAGAUGGACAGGACAGCUACACUUGCUGACACCAUAGAUUACAUGAAAGAGCUUCAGGAAAGAAUCAAUAACCUCCAGGAAAAAGAAGAAGUUGAGGAGGGUUCAAAUCCAACAAAUUUGAUUACAACUUUCGCGGAAAAAAGGUUUAAGGAGGUAUUGGUAAGAAAUUCUCCCAAGUUUGAAGUGGAAACAAGAGAGGCUGAUAGCAGGAUUGAGAUAUGUUGUGCGGCCAAGCCAGGAAUAUUGCUGUCGACAAUAAACACACUAGAAGCAUUAGGCCUUGAGAUUCAACACAGUGUUAUUAGUUGCUUCAAUGAUUUCUCACUCCAAGCUUCAUGUUCUGAGGUUAAAGAGCAAAUAACAGGAUUGAAUUCUGAAGACAUAAAGCAAGCUUUGUUCAGAAAUGCUGGCUAUGGAGGAAGAUGCUUGUAGAAGAGAAGCAUAUAGAUAAAUGCAUACAGCAUAUAAAUUCGAUGGAGUUCUCUAUAUUUGUUCUACUUUAAUAAGCCUUCAAGGCACUUUAAUAAUGAUUUGAGUUGCUGUAAUAAUGUCUAUUAUGCUGAUCAUUCAUCCCCUCAUCUCAUUAA